GAACAGCUGCACAUCGAGUGGCUGUUAGUGCCUGUACAGUAUAGAGCUGCAUAUAUUCGGCAGCGUUGCGAGGGUAAACCCUGCAGCCAUGCUCCUAUUAUUCGUAGCGGGCAUUGGGGUGGUUGCUGUCCUAUUCGUCCUGUUCGCUCCUCACAUCAGGAGAUAUGCUGCGGGGGGAGUUUGCCGGUCCGACGCUCGGCUAGAUGGGAAGACUGUGCUGAUCACCGGGGCAAACACGGGGAUUGGGAAGGAAACUGCUUUAGAUCUGGCAGCUCGUGGCGCUCGGGUGAUCAUGGCGUGUCGGAAUGUGGAGAAGGGGGAGGAGGCGGCAUUCGAGAUCCGCACCAAAGUCAGCGGGGCGCAGGUGGAGGUGCGAGAGCUGGACCUGGCAGACGCCAGCUCCAUACGGGCCUUCGCACAAAGAUUCCUCAGAGAGGUGAACCAUCUGCACGUACUCAUCAGUAACGCUGGCGUGAUGAUGUGCCCCUACACGAAGACCACAGACGGCUUCGAGAUGCAGAUCGGCGUCAAUCACCUGGGUCACUUCCUGUUGACGAACCUGCUGAUUGGCCUGCUGAAGCGCAGCGCACCCGCGCGCAUCGUCGUCGUCUCCUCUCUGGCGCACAACUUCGGCUGGAUCCGCUUCCACGACCUGCAGAGCCUGGGCAGCUACAACAGCGGCCUGGCCUACUGCCAGAGCAAGCUGGCCAACGUGCUGUUCACGCGUGAGCUUGCGCGCAGGCUUGAAGGAAGUGGAGUAACAGUGAAUUCGCUCCACCCGGGGUCGGUGAAGUCGCAGCUGGUCCGGCACUCCACCCUCAUGUCUCUGCUGUUCUCGCUCUUCUCCGCCUUCCUGAAGACGCCGCGGCAGGGGGCGCAGACGUCCGUGUACUGCGCCGUCGCCGAGGAGCUCCACGCCGUCUCCGGGAAACACUUCAGCGACUGCGCCCCAGCCUUCGUGGCCCCCCAGGGGAGGAGCGAGAAGACGGCGAAAAUGCUGUGGGACGUCAGCUGCGAGCUGCUGGGCAUCGAGUGGGACUGAGCGCUCCGCGGUGCCAGCCCACCACCCCCAUCCGCCCACUCCCGCCAUUCCAAAUGUGCCAAGACGCUCAGUUUUCUCUCCGUGCUCAGAAAAAAAAAAACACAAUUUCAUUGCCUUUUGAAAAGUUUCAUUCCAAGCUUCUCAUCCAAUGCUUUUGUAUAUCAUUUUUAAAAAACUGCCAUUUGUACAUUUGAGCCUACAGGAAGUCAGAGCUGUGAGAAACCCCUGCAAGGGGAGGUGCUUCUCUCUAAUUUUGAAUCUCUUAUUCACUGUUUUUCUCUGCCGUGCCAUAGGGGCCAUUCUGAAAUCGAUAUUUCUUGAGAUUUUGUUAUCGCUUCUGUUUUGACAGCUUUGUACAGUUUAUUAUUCCAUUCCAUUUUUUCCCCACCGCAGCGAAACGUUCAUCAUGCUCAGGCUUUUUGGAUUUCUCCGAUGUAUUUUCCACAGACGUGAACAAGUCUUUUGCUACAUUUGUGUUCUUGUUGAGAGCUGACUAUUUUGGAGAAAAAAACAUGACAUAAAUAUUGCUCUUUUA